AUGUUUAGACAAUUAAUGAUCCAUUUACGAGCAUUUCUCAGUGAUUUUACCGCCAUUCGGCAAUUGGAUACAGCGACAUUACCGCGAACGACAUUACCGCGAACGACAACACCGCGAACGACAUUACCGCGAACACAAAAAACGACAUUACCGCGAAUACAGAGAACGACAUUACCGCGAAGACUUGUUUGUUGGAAAAGCCGAAUAAAUGAGGCCGGUUUUGUAUUUUGUACAUCAUGUUUUCAAACUUAA